CGAUCCGCCAGUACAAUACCAAGACCAAGCGUGUGGAGUAUAUCCGGUUCCCCUUCGCGGAUUUCUCCAAGUUCAACCUCAACGAGAUAUCGCCUAUACUUGCCAUGAGAAACACUGGCAAGCAGAUACGCGACCGUGCAUAUUUUAAUUCUAUAAAUGUAUUAUCGGUCAAGAUAGUUUCCUCAGACAAAGGCUUCCCGCUUAAUGUAUAUGGCAAUAUUAUUCUUAGAGUCAACCUCGACAAGAAGUGCAUUUAUCUCUUCUACCGCCCGACCAGAAGGGAUUCUGAGCUCAUUAAUUCAGAGGAUCAAUCAUUGAUCUUAACUGGCCCAAGUCGAGGACUUGUCUUAACGGACUAUAUUUAUAUUGAGGUCGAUCUUAAGAUUAAGCUUGGCCAAGAGAAGGAUAAACAACUUAGCAUAGGAUUGCUUGACAUUGAUGGCCGAGUGGCUCCUCGGGUGCCCACGACUGAGGUUCAGUGCUGCACCCUUGAGAGCAGCCUCAGCACCGUGGAGGUGAGAUAUGCACUAGUUAAACAAGCAACGGAGGCUACUGUGGAAUUUCAAGUUCUCAAGGGAGAUUUCAAGGGCAAAAUCACAGCUCACACCACAAGAAUUCAUGAUAGGAUGUUGCUUCAUGAUAGCAGAGCUUGUGGUGCGGUGACCUCUUCUGAUGGUAGUCGAGUUAUCGAACUGUUGCGUCGUGUCCUAGCUGUCUGUGUGGAUGAGGUGCUGUUUAUUUCAGCUGAACCUGAAGGUGUGGAUACCCUUGUUAAGAAAUUUACUCCAUCCCUCAGUGGUUCCCAGAGUGAUGUAUUUGAUUGGGGUGCCGUUAAGUUAGGUGUGAAGGUAACUUGGUCCGUAAUAAGUUUCUAGAUUGGAUUUUAUCUGUACAGUUCAGGGAUGUAAUGGUUACC